AUGGACGAAGUAAGAUUUUUAAAUAGUGAUUUCAUUUUUCGCGAAAUUUCAGAUUCUUAGUCCGUCAAAGUCUGAAGAGCAAACAACAUUUCAUUUUGAUGAGUCUUUUGGCGACAGGACUUAUGACUUACGAGUUCGGAUUUUUUUUUUCUUGAUUGGGAUUCAUAUAACUUUCUGAUUUCUUUUAGAGAACUCUUGAAAGUUUUCUUCAUUUCCAAUGCAUCUUUUCGUAAUUUUUUAGGGUGCGAAAACUAUAAUCAAUCUUCUCAUGAAGCAUUUGAGUAAUCAAUGGAAGAAGGAUUUUUUUUUUAAAUUUGUAAACAGUUUAUAUUGAAGUUUUUGUAGGUUUAACUGACUUUUUGCAGAGCGGUAAUGACGCAGACGAUGAAUUGACUAUGGGCGCCGAAACCUUGGAAGAACAAUUGGCUGCUUGUGGCUCGAUAUUCGGUGGCUCAUCAACGGAAACAAGUCCUAUUUGCUCAUCUCCAUCUGUUUCUUCUAUUGCUACCUGGGUACCUCUUUAUCAGAGCGAGGAAGACUGCACGUCUACUGAGGGUUCUUAUUACAUAGUUCAUGCCAACUGA